UGCGUUAGUUGACGCUGGUGGUUGGAGGAGGAGGGCGGCUGACGGACAGGCGGACACGGCGCAUCAAUGACAGGGACACCUCUCCGACUCUCGCCGCUCAGCCUCUUUCAUGUUCGUGACUCCAGGCAGCGGACCGGCGGCUGUUUGUGAUCCGAGCUGAGGAUGUGGGAGCCGGUGUGGGCCUCCUGGUUCUCCCGCUGCCUGGUGCUCAUCAUCAGCGCGCACACAUCAGCGGUGUCGUCCGAGGGAGACCUGCGGCCGUGCGAUAAGACAGACUACUACUAUCAGUACACAGAGUGUGACGGCACAGGAUCACGAUGGAGGGUCGCCAUCCCCCACAAUCCAGGCUCCUGCUCAGACCUUCCACCUCCAACCAGAGGAACAGACUGCUCCUUCUCCUGUCUGGCUGGGAAGUUUCUGGAGAUGUCCACUCAGCAGUGCACACCAUGUGUAGCUGGUUCCUACUCUCUGGGCAGCGGCCUCCGUUUUGACCAGUGGGACGCCAUCCCUGCCGGCUUCACCAGCCUGGCCAGCUUCCUCGAUGCAGGGCCCAACGGAGAGGACAUUCAGGCCUGUAACAGCUCGUCGUGGACGCCGCAGGGCGUUUAUCUGGAGUCUAACCGCGACGAGUGCACAGUGUCGCUGGUUUACGCCGUCCAUCUGGAGAAACAAGGUUCUGUUUCCUUCACCUACCAGUACCCCGACAACAACAUCUUCUUUGAGUUCUAUGUCCAGAAUGAACAGUGUCAGGAAAUGGCCCAAACUGAUGAUCAGAAAUGGAUCAAAGUCACGAAUAAUGGAGAGUGGGACACACACACAGUGAGCCUGAAAUCCGGUACAAACAUCCUCUACUGGAGAACCACAGGGAUACUGGUGGGCGGGAAGAUGGUCAAACCUGUGCUGCUCAGGAACAUCCAGAUAGAAGGUGUCGCCUACACAUCAGAGUGUUUUCCGUGUCGACCCGGCUGGUUCAGCCCGAACCCCGGCUCCUCCUCCUGUGAGCCCUGUCCCAGCAACACCUACUCUGUGAAGGGGGCGUCUUCCUGUACAUCCUGCCCUGAACACCACUACUCACAUGAGGGAUGGGCUGAAUGUAAGGUGAGGCCGCCAUGCUCAGAGAAGGAUUACUUCCAGAUCCACACGGCCUGCGACAGCGAAGGGAAGACACAGGUGCUGUAUCGCUGGGUGGAGCCAAAGAUUUGUGUGGAGAACGUCACGGGGGCUGUAGAGCUUCCUGUGACGGGCAGAGAGAGCCCCUGCCCUCCCUGCAAUCCAGGUUAUUUCAACAGCAACGACUCCACCUGUCUGCCCUGCCCAGCUGGCCACUCUGACGGCACCAACGCGUGUGCAGAGUGUCCUGCAGGUACAGAGCCGGUGUUGGGUUACGAGUAUAAAUGGUGGAACGUUCUGCCUUCCAACAUGAAGACGUCCUGCUUCAACGUGGGAAACUCCAAAUGUGACGACAUGAACGGAUGGGAAGUUGCAGGAGACCACGUUCGCAGUGGAGCAGGCAGUUCAGACAACGACUAUCUCAUCCUCAGCUUGCAUGUCCCCGGCUUCAAGGUUCCAGCGUCACUUUCAGGGAUGACCGGCAGCGAAUUUGGCCGGAUAACCUUCGUGUUUGAGACCAUCUGCUCUGCCGAUUGUGAGCUCUACUUCAUGAUGGAUGUGAACAGAAAGAGCACCACAGUGGUGGAAUCCUAGGGCAGUAAGGGCAAACAGUCUUACUCACACAGCAUGACCAGGAACGCCUCCGUCACAUAUACGUGGGCCUUCCAGAGAACAAACCACGCCCUAGAUGUCCGUAGUUAUGUCAGCGACAUGGUGAAGCUCUACUCCAUCAGUGUGACUAAUGUUCUGGAUGGGGUGGCGUCAGCGUGUCGGGCCUGUGCUCUGGUACCGCAGAACUCCCAGCGGGCCGGCUCCUCCUGCGUUCCCUGCCCGGCUGGUUUCUACAUCGACAGAGACACCAACAGAUGCCAGGAGUGUCCACCCGACACACACCUGGCAGGAAGACACACCUACGGCCAGGACGCAUGUGUCGCAUGUGGACCUGGAAGCAUCAGCAACAAGGAACAUUCUCGUUGCUACAGCGACUGCUCCUUCACCCACACUGAGAACAACCGAACGCUGACGUUUGACCUCAGCCCUCUGAGCGACGUGGCCUCGCUGACCAUCGGACCGAGUUUCACCUCUAAAGGCACCAAAUACCUCCACCUGUUCAACAUCAGCCUGUGUGGCCACGAGGGGAGGAGAGCUGCUAUCUGCACUGAUAAUGUCACCGACGUGUCCAGUAAAGACGACCAGAGCGACCCGUCUCAGUUCGUCAACUCUGUGGACAGUUUCAUCUGUCAGUCGACCAUCAUCCCGGCUGAUGGGCGGGGCUUCAGGAUGGCCAUUUCCUCCCAGUCCAUCGGCCUCGCAGACACUUUCAUCGGAGCAACAGUAGAUGCCGUUCUUAACGGAGUGAACGCUGAACCAGAUCUUUUCCCUGAAAGUUCAACCGAUGCUCCAGACAUCAACUUCUUCUACAGGUCAACGCAGGUGACGGCUUCAUGUGAGCAAGGUAGAAGUUCAGUCAUUACAGUUCGAUGUAACCCAGAGAAACCUGAACGAGGAGAACUGUCUGUACCCAGCUCGUGUCCUGCAGGAACAUGUGAUGGAUGUCUGUUUUACUUCCUGUGGGAGAGCUCCAGCGCCUGUCCACGCUGCACCGAGGACGACUACCACCAGAUAGAAGGAGCGUGUAAAGGAGGCGUCCAGGAAACUCUGUACGUGUGGAACGAGCCAAAGUUGUGCACCAAAGGCGUGUCUCUGCCUCUUCGAAGCUCUGCCCCCUGCGAGGCCAUCGCCCUGUGGCUGAAGGUCGGGGUCGGAGGCGGGGCCUUCGUGGCCGUGCUGCUCAUCUCCCUCACCUGUUAUUUCUGGAAAAAAAACAAGAGGCUGGAGUAUAAGUACUCUCGGCUGGUGAUGUCGGCCAACAAGGACUGUGAGCUGCCAGCUGCAGACAGCUGUGGUCUGGCUGAAGGAGAGGAGCCUGACGACGACGUGGUCUACGCCCAGAAACCGUCCCUGCUGGGGAAACUCCGAGCCAUCGCCAACAAGCAUGAAGGUGGAGAGAGCAGCGAGUCGGUGCAGCUGAACUCCUCCCAGUCUGAUCGGUGGGUUUUGGGAUAAACUGAUGCCAGCAGAGGGACGGCGAGGCCAGAGCUGAGUAACGGAGGACCGGUCUGUCAGUGAAAGCUUCACUGUCCUCCUCCCUGUGUGUCCUUCGACUACAGACCCAGUGCAGGGACAAUCGGGACAACGGCUUUUCCUCCUCGACCCUCGAACUCACAGGAGACGCAGUCCUGCUUUAACGCCAUGGAACUGAGAAACAUGCUCUUAAUGUUUUUUGUAUAUUUUGUAUUUUUAUUUGGUAUGUUCUGUUCAGAGUCAUGUAUUUAUAUUAAUGUUAUGAUGAUACCCUUUAUUAAAGUCCUGUUUGGCUUUGGGA